UCUAUGAAUCCGUCGCGGUUAAUAUCAAUAAAGAUCUCGUAAUUCAUUCUGUGAAACCGAUUGAAAAUAAAACAUGGGAAAAUUGGAAUGGAGAAAUUCAUAUUUCGCCAAAUGCCAUUUUUGAACCAUCUACACUUGAAGACCUUAUAGACAUAGUAAAAUUAGCAAAGAUAAAUAAUAAAACAAUUCGAUGUGCUGCUCAAGGACAUACUGAAAGUUCUCUGUCGGUCACAGAGCACUAUCUAGUAGUAGUCACAAAUUUAAAUAAGAUCAAAGUGCAAAAACAUCCAAAAUAUGGCUGGACUGUUACUGCUGAAGCUG